GGUUUUCUCUUGUAGGCGUCGACCGCAGCUCUCCUUGAGGAAGCUCGCCCUGACGACUCAUAUUUUCCUCUAGAUGAGCAUCCACAUCCAAUAAAUCCAAUAUGGUGCCCUAUUCAUUUCCUGCCUUGCCGUAGUGGUCCAACGGCUUCGUACAAGAAAGGAUUGCCGAUAUCUGCCGGUUUUGUGACCGAUCAUCUUUAAUAUGGCAAGAUCGCCGGAGCAGCUUCAGUAAUGAGACCGAAAUUCAGAUUAUCCCAGGCCUGAUAUACACGUCUUCAAGGAGGCCUGUCUACGUCCACAGCGCCAAUCUUGUAAGACCCCUGCAGCAUCCUUCCACGUCCCCACAUCACUGCUUAGCUUUUCUUGUCCUGGACUCCUCCAUCAUGUCAAGCCCUAGCAGCAGCCCAGAGAGAGAGGGAGGGAUGGCAGGUUCUGUUCAACUGGAGGACCUCAACUCGCCUCCCGGACUGGAAACUGACCCUCGUUUUGUUGGCAGCCCAGUUCUCAGUCCAGACUCAAGUUCCCAUGAUGCUGCGCUCUCCGGCCCGGCAGCCUCCCCUGCUGACUCAGAGAACCUCAGUCCAGAUGAGCUCGAGCUUCUGGCUAAACUGGAGGAACAGAACAGGUUGCUAGAAGCAGAUUCCAAAUCCAUGCGCUCAAUGAGUGGAUCUCGGAGGAAUAGUGGCUCCUCUCUGGUGUCAAGCUCAUCUGCGUCCUCUAACCUGUCCCAUCUGGAAGAAGACACUUGGAUCCUGUGGGGACGCAUCGUCAACGAGUGGGAUGAGUGGAGACGAAAGAAGGACAAACUUCUGAAGGAGCUUAUAAGGAAAGGCAUUCCUCAUCAUUUCCGAGCAAUCGUUUGGCAGUUGUUAUGUAAUGCCACUGACAUGCCAGUGAAGAAUCAGUAUUCUGAACUCCUGAAGAUGUCCUCGCCCUGUGAAAAACUCAUACGCAGAGAUAUUGCCCGCACAUAUCCCGAACACGACUUCUUCAAAGGCCAGGACAGCUUGGGACAGGAAGUUCUCUUUAAUGUUAUGAAGGCAUAUUCUCUGGUGGAUCGUGAGGUUGGUUAUUGUCAGGGCAGUGCCUUCAUCGUAGGGUUGCUUCUUAUGCAGAUGCCGGAGGAGGAGGCUUUCUGUGUGUUUGUCAGACUAAUGCAGGAGUACAGGCUCAGAGAGUUGUUUAAACCCAGCAUGGCUGAGCUGGGUCUGUGCAUCUACCAGUUUGAACACUUGCUACAGGAGCAGUUGCCAGAGCUGAACGUUCAUUUCCGUUCUCAGAGUUUCCAUACAUCUAUGUACGCCUCGUCCUGGUUCCUCACUCUCUUCCUCACCUUCCUGCCCCUGCCAAUAGCUACACGUAUCUUUGACAUCUUUAUGUAUGAGGGUUUGGAGAUCAUAUUCCGAGUUGGAAUAGCGAUAUUGCAGUACAACCAGACAGACCUCAUACAGCUAGACAUGGAAGGAAUGUCACAGCACUUUCAGAAGGUGAUUCCACAUCAGUUUGAUAGCUGCCCGGAUAAACUUGUACUACGGGCCUAUCAGGUCAAAUACAAUCCCAAAAGAAUGAAAAAAUUAGAAAAAGAAUACACCACCAUUAAGAACAAAGAGAUGGAAGAACAGAUUGAAAUUAAGAGACUACGCACAGAAAAUAGACUACUGAAGCAGAGAAUAGAGACACUGGAGAAAGAGAGUGCUGCAUUAGCAGACAGGUUGAUUCAGGGUCAGGUGACACGAGCCCAGGAGGCAGAGGAGAACUACGUUAUCAAGCGUGAACUGGCUGUGGUUCGGCAGCAGUGUUAUACAGCCAGUGAGAGUCUGGAAAAAGCUCAGGACACCAUACGUGAACUUCAGCAACACAAGUAUACAGAGGAGUUUGUGAGUGGGCUGCGAACUCAGUUGGAACAGUCUCGUCUACAGGAAGCAGAACUGCUCGGGGCUCUGAAAGAAAUGCAGGACAAAGUGCUCGAUCUGGAGAAGAGGAACAACUCUCUGCCUGAUGAGAUUAAUGUAGCUCAGCUGCAGGAGGAGCUGAAGCUGGUGAAACUGAGAGAGCAGGAGACCCUACGUUCCUUCAGAGAGAUGCAAGAGGCCGUUACUGAUCUCAACCACUGCUGGCAGAAUCAUACGUCCCGUGGAGGAGGAGGAGGAGGCCAUUGGAAAGAGUCUCCUAAGAAGAAUGCGUUGAAUGAGCUGCAGGAUAAACUGAUGAGUUUGAGACUGCGAGAGGCUCAGGGUCAGGCUGAACUCAAAGAGGUCAAACUUAAAAACCUGCAGCUGGAGAGCCAGAACCAAAUCAACUGUAAACUAGUUGGCAGACAUGAGCAAGAGAGCGCCAGCCUGCAGGAGAGACUGCAGAAUGCUCUUUCUCACAACAAAACACUACAAAGCCAGCUCAACGAAAUGAAGAGAAAGCAGGCCGAGUUUGACUGCAAGAGCAAAGAAGAGGUGAUGGCAGUGCGACUAAGAGAAGCUGACAGCAUGGCCGCCAUGGCUGAACUCCGGCAAAAGAUAGCCGACCUAGAAAUACAGAAAGAGGAAGGACUGAUCCAAGGUCAGCUGAAUCACUCGGACUCCAAACAGUAUAUAACUCAACUGAGGCAGGAGAUCGCUGAACUCAAGAACGAGAUCAGGCAGCUGCGUGGACAGCGCUCCAAGUUCCAGAAUACCAGUGGUGGCGCUUAUCAGGACCUAUGUUUGGAAAGCCCAGCAUCUGCAGAAGGCGAUUACCUCAGUUCAGACGAGGACCUUCUUCAGAGCCACCUGCCUGUGACCGCCCUGUAUCCGCAUCACUCGUCACCUCGUCUGGACAGUCAAGGCAGCACGGACAGCGAUGAUCCAGCAGGUUUCCGGUACGGCCCUCCUCCUUCUCCAGUGCCCUGGUUACCUGUCAACUGUAGAGACAUAGCAGACAAGCAAGGGCUCAACAGCAGAGACUGUUCUCUGACGAGUCCUCGGAGGGAUCUGGCCCACAAACACUGCAGCUUAUGUGGCAAGGUUUACUCAUCUCUUGCUCGCCUGGAGUCUCACGUGUACAGAUCGCAUGGUAGUCAUCAUCAUGGACGCUCUCUGGUAUUCCAUGACAGCAAAGACCCAGUUAUGGCAUGCAGGGUAAAGGAACGAACAUUUGAGUGUAAGGAAUGUGGGAAGGUGUUCAAACGCUCAUCCACUCUGUCCACCCAUCUCCUGAUCCACUCGGAUACACGGCCAUAUCCCUGCCAGUACUGUGGCAAGAGAUUCCACCAGAAAUCCGACAUGAAGAAACACACCUUCAUACACACCGGAGAAAAGCCCCAUGUGUGUAAAGUGUGUGGUAAAGCCUUCAGUCAGAGCUCCAACCUGAUCACACACAGCAGAAAACACUACAGACCCUUCAGCUGAACACACACUUUUUCCUUCAGGAGGACCCACGUGGCUACUGAACCACAACCUUUGUGAAUGUACAUAUAUUAGCUUUACAAAACACAAAAAGUAUUAUAAAUUAUCAAGUGCAUAUUCUCUUCUA